UAUUGGAGUAUCGACCAACCAGCUCUUAGUGUUAUACUGAAUGUCCCACCUUUCCCGAGCUGUUUACAAUGGAGUAAUAACAGGAACUCAUGGCGGCAAUGGGUGUGCGGGAGAAAUGAUGACAGCGAAAAUUAAGUAAAUUCACAGUGGUCAUCAGCACACAAAUCUGAGGAGAUGGAGAGGGGAAUGGAGGCACUUUGUACUUUCUUGAGACAUCGCAAUAUUUGCGAGGAGAACAUAGUCAAACUACGAGAUGACAAAAUAGACUUCUCCGUUAUUGACUUGAUGGACGACCGCCUUGGCUGCGUAUAUUUCCGCCUACGGGGACAGGAUAGCCACUCGAAAAUUUUGUUCUGUGUAUCAAAGAAAAGGUGGGAAAGAUACUCAAAGGAAAUCGCUACUGCAAAAGCUAAGACAAAAGAUGGCCAGUGGUAAAGCCUCUGAGGAGCGCGACGAGGGAGAGCCUGGGCCAUCUUUCACACAUUCCCGACCACAUAUGAGAAAUAAUAAGCUUGCUCUUCGACUCACAAGGAAAGUAGAGCUGGGGUGGAUACAUGAGGGGAAACAGCAACGAAAGAAUCAAGGAGGUGGGACAAUCAGACUUGAUGUGUCAAAGGACACCAAAAAAGCGGACAUUUUACAAAUAGCACUGGAUCCUUUCUUUCCAAAUGGGACUUCUAGAAAGGGAAAAUUAGAAGACUUCUGCGUCGAUAUUUUAGAUUUUCAAGAAGACGCGGUAUUGGAUGACGAUGUCAGUGUAGGGGAACUUUAUUCUGUGCUCAAGAUGGGAAUGCUGAGGUUCUACCUCUGCACAACAUUAAAGGAAUUCACAGACUCUGUCCUCACUAAGCCAGAGGGAGGACAUACCUGGCCAGAAGAAGGACACAUCGGGCCAAGCGACCCCACCGCUAAUACCAGUGAGCAGCAUGACGCUGUAAUAUCCAGUGUUUCUUUUUCUUCUGCUGACAUUUCUACCCCGGCCAAUGCUAACUUUGAUCGCACAAACUGUCAAAUCACCAACAUCAACAUAAAACUUCACAGAACAAACCUUCUGGAUGAAUUAAUCUCCAAAUUCAUCGAUCCUAAUCUGCUAGUCAGCCCUCUCACAUUCGUUUACAUCAAUGAGAUCGGUGCAGAUGCCACCGUAAUGUCUCGAGAUGUUUACUCUGCAUUUUGGACCGAGUUUUUUGAUUAUGCGACCGAAGGGCAGGACAUGAGAGUCCCAAUCCUCUCACCCAAGAGGAAGGAAGAGGAAUGGAAAUCUGUUGGUCGCAUCCUGAUGAAAGGGUUUCAGGACCACGGCUAUUUCCCUUGUAGGCUCGUAAAAGCAUUCACGGUCGCCCUGCUGUUUGGGGAAAACGCUGUCACACCAGAUUUGCUGUUUGAGUCGUUUUUGUCAUACAUCAGCCAGGAAGAACGGGAUCUUGUGAACAAGGCUUUAAAGGAGGAUCUUGAUGAUGAAGAGCAGGAGGAAAUGAUUGAUUUUUUAGGCCGCGUGGGAGCCAAGUGUAUCCCGGCCAGGGAGAACUUGAAAACAACACUUUCAGGGGUUGCGCACAAGUUAAUUAUCCAACAGCCAAAGUAUGCUCUCGAUAAAAUGUCAGAGGCUUUGGGUCCGAAGCUCAGACAGGCUUUUGAUAGUGUGGACAGUCUUCAACAAAUCUAUGAAAACGUGAAACCCACCACAAAGACAUCUCUCAAGUUGCUGGAAGCUUCUCCCUCCACACCAGCCGGGCAUCAAAGUCUGUGUUACUUAACAGCAGUAUAUCAGAGGACCCGAUAGGCAUGGCCUUAGCAAGUUUCAGACAUUUACUGCCGGCACUAACUACCGAAUUCUGAAUAAAGUCAGAGCUUUAAUGAGGUCAGCCAUGUUAAUGAAGGCUGUGUUUUUAAACAGCUGCGAGGAGAAACUUUUUCGGUUAAAUAUUGGAGAAGAUCUCUUUUGGGUUUUUCUCUGAUAAACCGUCGUCAUGACAAGAUCCCUCUUAAUGUCCGAAUGCUCAUGACAACUUCACGAAGAGAGCAAAGUGAAAUCAACAUUUCAGUAUGGUUAAGUCCUAAUAACAUGUCGUUCCGAAGUCAUGCGAAUAAUCCUCCUGUUCAUGUCCAUGGUGAGUCUAUUUUGUUGUUGUUUUUAUCCUUGCAAAUAUGAAGGGAGGACGUUGUCUUCUUUCACAUUUUUAAAAACAAAAAACUGGUUUGCAAGCCAGAGGGAGACAUUCUACAAGGAAUAAAUUGACACAAAAUUAAAACUCAGGAGUGUCGGGUCGCUCUAUUAUUUUUGUAUUUCAUGUCUCUUAGGACAUGACAUUGGUUGAGGGAGGAGACUAAAUUCAACAAAGUUUCUUUCCCUUGUUGUUAUGAUCAUAAAAUGACUCCGGAAGAACAUAUAUUUGUAAAGAAAAGGAAAAACAUGCGGUCUAAGGGUACAAUUGUGCAGUAAUACCACCCGAUGACAGCUGUGUGUGACAAUGUGCAGAGUGAUGCAGGAAUCAUCAUUUUCUGGAAGUAAUGUCUAUAUACUUUCUAAUUUUCACUGUUUGUGAUCUUGGGCCUUUUCACCGGUGAAGUGCCUGUAGUGGACAACUAAACAUAUGCUAGUCAAUAGCCUAGUCCAAACUGUUUACUCCUCACGAGCAGUUCCACGAUUCUGUGUUAUUGGGUAUUUCCUUUCUUUAUACAUUUUUAUGAAUUAUUGACCAAUCUUAAACAGCUGAAAAUGACUUGCUCCAGAUGAAAAUGCAGUGUGGGUGGUUCAACAAACAUUCCAUUUUUAGGGUUUUCUGAAAAGCUAUGAUUUUGUAGUUCUGGUUGUCUGAUGUAUCAAAUAUUUAUAUCAUGCAAUAAAAUGCAAAUGAAUUAUUUAAAAAU